AAGCUCGAUAUAUUUCUUGCGUUGAUAACACCUCAACAAUAGAUAAAAUCGUGUCCGACGAUACAACGUUCCUGCAUUUUAUUUGUUUAACACUUUUGUUAUAAGUUUUUGUAAACAUGUCUAAUGUGCCUCCACCCGGCGGACCGCCACCGUACGGCGGGUACCCGCCGCCACCCGCGCCGGGCGCUUUCACCUAUAUGCCAACGCCGGUCAUGAUGCCCAUGUACCCCCCGCCGGCGCAGGCCUAUCCCCCCACCUACGUCACCAACCACAUCUAUCAGCCGCCACAGCAGCCACCAGAACCUGUCACCGUCAUCGAUAAUUCAGGUCCAGUCAUUGACUGGGUGCCAUCCACCCCAAUGACGGCCAGUUCGCUAGCCGACCGCGCGGUAGUGGGUGGGCGCGAGGGCUGGGACAGCAGUCCGCUUUGGGUCAUACGCUCCCACCACAGCGGCGACUGUGUGCCCGGAAAGCUUGCCGUGCAGCACCGAUCCGCUUACAUACCACACGCUGGCCAAGAAGUGCCCGUACACAACUUUGAGGUCCUAUGCGCGCCUGCUCACGCUGUGCGCUGGGUGCCGGCUAACAAUGGUCAGGUGCCACCCGGGGCCAUCGCAGCAGGCAACACGCAUAAAGGAGAGCCGUUGUACGUCGGCAGAGUGACGCACAUGCGCUCCCUUACCCCGGGAAAGAUCCAUCCUAGCCACGGCUGUUGUUACAUUUCGUUCAGCGGCGGAGAGGUCUCCUACAAACACUACGAAGUGCUCUGCAGCGUCGUUGGUUGAAUGCACUGAUCCCUGUUUUACUUAAUAUGUACUCCACAUGAUGAAGUAUCGACAGUAAUCGACUUAAUUAUUUUAUUUGUUUGUACACAAUAUAAAAGUUGAAAUUAUAAUCUAUUUUUGUAACCA